AUGCGACUCUGCAUCGACUACCGAGGCCUUAACCAAGUGAUCAUCAAGAAUCGCUACCCCUUGCCAAGAAUUGAUGAGCUGCUUGACCAGUUGCAAGGAGCAAAGUGGUUUUCCAAGAUCGAUUUACGUUCUUGGUAUUACCAGAUCCGAGUAAAGGCUGGGGAUAUUCAAAAGACUGCCUUUCGAACGAGGUACGAGCACUUUGAAUUUAUGGUCAUUCCAUUUGGUUUGACGAAUGCCCCAGCAGUCUUCAUGCAGUUAAUGCACCGCGUGUUCAUGGAUUAUCUCGAUGAGUUCGUCAUAAUGUUUAUUGACGAUCUCUUGAUAUAUUCACCGGACCAGCAGACGCAUGAAGAACACUUGCGGAAGAUCUUAUGGAGAUUGCGGGAUAAUCAAUUAUACGCUAAAUUCAGCAAGUGUGGUUUUUGGUUGCAAGAAAUCGGAUUCCUUGGUCACGUCAUUUUGGCGCAAGGUAUCCAGGUUGAUCCAGCAAAGAUUGAGGCAAUAAUGGAUUGGAAGACGCCCACCAACGCAACCGAGAUUUGA